GACUUCUGUCUUUUUGCAAUCAUUUCUAUACCAAAAAUAUCAAUUUCCUGCAUAUACCUCUAUUUACAAAUUUUGCACAUUUUUGUAAACAAUCGUUUAUAGAGUGAAAGAAAAAAAAAAUAACAACAGAGAUCAGAACUGGUGUUGUCAAACCAGAUCUGUAUCAGUUCAAAGGGGUAUAUAUAUAGGAGGAGUUGUCUAAUACAGGGUCAAUUGGAUACACGAUGCUGGAUAAUGUCAAGAAUAAAGAAAUAAGGAGGAAAAGGGCGGUGUCAGAGGUGCCACUGGAGUCGUUGAUUCCAUCACAUAUACUAGAUCAAGCAUCACAACGAAUAUUCAUCAUUUCAUUGUUUAUAUUGAUACAGAGUUGGAAACUCUAUGAUAUUAUACUAUUGAAGUCUAACCUACUGGUGGAUGUAGGACCAACCAUUGGAUCAUUGAGUAAUUUCUCAUUGGUGUUGAAAUAUGCCAUUAUUGAUGGUCUUUUCUUAUGGAUUCUUCCUAUAUUUAAUAUUCCUUAUUUAUCCUUUUCACCAUUCAUAACAUUAAUAUUCACUAUACUAUUGAAUGGAUUCACUUUAUUCCUUGUCAGUGACUUGGGGGUAUUACUCAUUAGUACUUUCAUACUUCCAGUUUGGAAUGCUAUUUCUCGUGAUAGUGAAUUAACUAUUGUGGGUGAUAGAAUCGAUACUAAUAGAGUCAUAGACUUGGAUUCUCAUUUUAAAGGGAGGUUAACUAUUAAUUAUCUUCCAGAUUCAUCAGCUAAGAUGAAUCCAUUCCAUUUGGAUAAGAUUUGUCUUGAUAAAGGUACUCAUACCAUAGAUAUUCCAAUCGAAUUCAAUACCACCACCAACAUAGGACUUAUUCAAAUCCAACAUACUAAUCCUAAAAAUGAAAUCAAAUACAUCAACUAUACUGGUAACUCAUUAUCAAAGCUUUUGAAAAAAGAUUUAACCCAUUUAACCCAAUAUAAAGAUUAUAAAAAUUCUGAUAAUAUCUUUUAUUUAGAAUUCCCAAUCCAUGAAGCAGGGCUCUAUAAAAUCAAACAAGUCACAGAUGCAAAGAACAUCAACAUAAGGACAUACAAAUCGGAAUUAUUGAUCCCUAAUUGCCCAUCAGCUCAAUUUUUCUAUCCAAAACUAUAUGAUCAAGAAAAGAAUUAUCAAUGUAUAUCAAAGAAAUCAUCCGAUUUAAGAAUUCAAGUUCCAUUGGUUGAGUAUCAUGGUGUUACACCAGGUAAUUUGAAAUUAGUUUCUCGUAUCAAUGGUAAACCAUAUAAGAAUUUCAAUUUAUCUAUUGGAGAAAAGUAUUCUGAGUUUAAUAAUAAAGAUUUAAGUUGGUUGAAUUCAGUUUCACUCAUACGGAAUAGUCUUGAACAAGAACUCUUAAAAGAUAAAAGUAUCAUAAAUAACGCAGGUGAAGGAAUACUUGAAUUCCAAUUAAUUCAAGCUUCUGAUUCCUUGGGUCAUACCAAAAGAUAUAAUCCUGAAUCUAAAGAUAGAGAUGUAUGGUUUGAUUUUACAUUAAGGAAAGCAUCAGUGUUUGGAAUUCAAGAUAGAAAUCCUCAUGCAGAAUUAAUCAUUGGAUCAAAGAAAGUAUUACAUUUCACCGGAAUUGAAUCCCUUAAAGAAUCUGAUUUUCCAGUUACAAUUUCCGUUUCUUAUAAUAACAAGAAUAAUAAUAUAUUAUCAGCCGAUAUUUCAAAGACAUUUUCAAAACUUCAAGAUUUGGCAUCUGGUAUUGAAGUAGAUAAAGAAGGAACUUAUCAACUUGUGAAUGCUAGUACAAGAUUUUGUGAGGCUGAGAUUGCUCAAACGAAUACUGUUACCUUAAAAUUGGCCCAACCACCAAAUGUUGAAAUUAAUGCUACCCCAUUAGUGGAUAAAUGUUUAGGUACAACAGGUUAUGAAUUCACCUUUGAUUUAGUUGGUAAACCACCAUUUUAUAUCCAAUAUCAAGUCUAUCAAAACCAAUCAAACGGUAUACUUAGGCCAGUACAUAAUGAAAGAGGUUCUACCGUAAGAGUUAUUGAGACAAUGAAUCCUAAACAUGAUUUCAAGUUCAGACCUCCUCAAGAAGGUAAUUAUGUUGUGGUGUUUAAUAAUCUUAAGGAUACUAAUUAUCGUCAACAUCCAGUUACUUUGGAAAAGAGUUAUCUGACUUAUUUCCAAAAAGUUUCAAAAGUAUCAUUGGGAGGAUCAAGAGAUUACAAGACUUGUUUUGGUGAUUCGGUCAAGAUUCCCUUAAAAUUUGAAGGAAACGGUCCAUUCUCAUUCAAUUAUGAUAUAGUUGAUGUACAAUCAAGACAGAAAUUAAUCCCAACAGUUGAAAUUAAAGAUGUGAAUGCUUAUGAAAUUGCCAUUCCUGAAUCACUUAGUGGUAAAUCAUAUGAAAUCAAAUUAAUCAAAGCUGAAGAUAAAUUCUCAUGUCCUGCUACAGUAGAUAGGAAUGAGAGGGUUGUGGUUCAUUCUCGUGCCUCAGUUCCUCAUAUUCAAAUUGAUAAAAGUGCCGAAUCAUAUGUGAUUGUCGAAGGCGAUCACGUUGACAUACCAUUAGUAUUACAAUCAUCGGCUGCUUCAAGAAAUGAUAAAUUAGAAUUCAAGGUUGUUCAAGAUGGUAAAGUUAAAAAGAAGGUUACUUCAAUUACCAAAUCACUUUAUGCUGAUGAAGCCGGUGUUUACUCAUUAGUAUCAUUCAUCAAUGAUGGUUGUCCUGGUGUAGUCAGUGCCUUAGAGAAGACAGUUACGAUCUCAUACCAUAACAAACCUAAUUUAACCAUGCAUAGUGAUAAUGUUCUCAAACAACACCUGGAUGAAUCCACUCUUCAUUUAGCCUCAGUAUGUAAAGGAUGUAAAAACCCAUUAAAAUUGAAAUUAGAAGGGGUAAAACCAUUUGUGGUUGAUUAUGAAAUCAAACUUCCUAGUGGGAAAAUCGAAGCUGGUUCAAUGAAUGUGGAAAAUAAUGAAGUAAUAAUUAAUUUACCAACUAGAGAAGUUGGUAGAUAUGAACAUACAUUCAUUGGAGUUUAUGAUAAUUUAUAUACUAAACAUAAGAGUGGUUCCAGAAAACAAAAACGUCAAGUUGUACUUUAUGAUACGAAUCCAUUACCCCAAGUUAAAUUUGAUGAAGAUAAUAGAUCGGUUCAAGUAUGUGAAAAUAAACUUAAUCAAUUGGAAAAAGCUACUGCUAAGAUUCCUAUCAUUACGUCAGGUCAGUAUCCAUUUACUGUCAAUGCCGUAUUAAAACAUGAACAAACUGGUAGAGAAGAGAAUAUUGUAUUUAAGGAUGUUCAAGAGCCAUUCCUUCAUAUUUAUGGCAGUGGUGAUUCAUUUGGUCUUGGUGAACAUGUGUUGACUAUUAAUUCAGUGGUUGAUGGAAAUGGAUGUAAGUCUGAAGGUCAAUUAUCACUGAAUUAUUUUGUUAUUGUUAUCACCGAAUUACCUUCUAUCAAUCAUGCUGCCAUUGAAAAAGUGGUUAAGAGAGAUUAUUGUGUGGGAGAUCAUAUUUCGUAUGAAUUAACUGGGGUACCUCCAUUUACUGUGUUUUAUAAUUUCAAUGAUAGACAACAAAAAGCUAAUGUCGAUCAUCAUUUCCUGAGAUUAGCUUCCAAGCCUGGAAUUCUCUCCAUUGAUUCAGUUCAAGAUUCAUCAGCUACUAAAUGUGUAGCCAAUUUCACUGGUACUGCGAAGGGAGAAGAUUUAAAACUUAUAGUUCAUGAAUUACCAUCUGUUGAAGUGAAUAAAGGUGAUCAUAUUAUUGAAGACUUACAUGAGGGAGAUCAAACUGAAAUUAUAUUUACAUUCAUUGGAGUUCCACCAUUCAGACUUACAUAUGUAAGAAAAGUUGAUACUGAAGUAUCCAGGGGUAAAAAGGUCACCUCAUCAGAUAAUACCAAACAGAAGGUGGUUGAAAAACACGUUCUUGAAGAUAUUAAUGAUUAUGAAGUUAUCAUAAAGGCUAGUCUUGAAGGUACCUAUGAAGCUAUUGAAGUUCAAGAUGCAUUCUGUACUGCCAAACGUCAUAACUACUAGAUACAUAGAGUUCAAAAAAAUAAAGUAUGUUUAACUUUA